GCCGCUCCGCCGCUGCUUUGCCCCAGCGCCUCGGUGCGCUCGGCCAACGGCCUCGGCGGGCGGCGGCCCUCGGCGGGGACUGUCCAGCGGGGCCGGGGGGGCAGAAGUGGCUCUACACCCAGCACACGUACGCUGAAGCCCGUUUCAGGAGUUACUAUGAAGCACAGAAGCAGAUAGUGCCAAAUCGUGGUUGGUUCCCAUUUCUGGAAAAGCAGUGUCCGUGUUGUUAUGUACACCUCCAAAAAAAAAAAGUUGAGAGCUGUAGGGGAGUUGUUUGUAAAGUAAACUGAGCUGCAGGGUAGCGGCGUUUUCGUAGCUAUUGUAGGCGUGUGUUGCGCGUUAAAAUGAGUAAGAGAACAAGCAGUGACACCCCUCUAGGAAGGGUGAGUGGGGCAGCAUUUCCUUCUCCCACUGCUUCUGAGAUGGCAGAAAUUAGUCGAAUUCAAUAUGAAAUGGAAUACACUGAAGGUAUUAGUCAGCGAAUGAGGGUCCCAGAAAAAUUAAAAGUAGCACCACCAAACGCUGACCUGGAACAAGGAUUCCAAGAAGGAGUUCCAAAUGCUAGUGUGAUAAUGCAGGUUCCAGAGAGGAUUGUUGUUGCAGGAAAUAAUGAAGAUGUUUCAUUUUCAAGACCAGCAGAUCUUGACCUCAUUCAGUCAACUCCCUUUAAACCUCUGGCACUAAAAACACCACCUCGUGUACUUACACUAAGUGAAAGACCACUAGAUUUCCUGGACUUAGAAAGGCCUCCCGUAACCCCUCAAAAUGAAGAAAUCCGCGCAGUUGGCAGGCUCAAAAGAGAGCGCUCUAUGAGUGAGAAUGCUGUUCGCCAAAAUGGGCAGCUGGUCAGAAAUGAUUCUGUGUGGCACAGAUCAGAUUCUGCCCCAAGAAAUAAAAUUUCAAGGUUCCAGGCAUCGAUUUCUACACCGGAGUAUUACACCAGCGUGACACCAUCGCCACCGCAGGCUCGGGCCUGUCCUCCCCGUGUGUCACCUGAAGACGGAGCUAAUCUUUCUUCUGCUCGUGGCAUUUUGUCGCUUAUCCAGUCUUCCACUCGUAGGGCUUACCAGCAGAUCUUGGAUGUGCUGGAUGAAAAUCGCAGUGUGAGAAGACAAAAUGACAUACGUUGUGAAAGACCUGUGUUGCGUGGUGGGUCUGCCGCCGCCACUUCUAAUUCUCAUCAUGACAACGUCAGGUAUGGCAUUUCCAAUAUAGAGGCAACGAUUGAGGGGACAUCAGAUGACAUGACUGUUGUAGAUGCAGCUUCAUUGCGACGACAGAUCAUCAAACUGAACAGACGCCUGCAACUUUUAGAAGAGGAGAACAAAGAACGAGCUAAAAGAGAAAUGGUCAUGUAUUCAAUUACUGUCGCAUUCUGGCUGCUCAAUAGCUGGCUGUGGUUCCGACGCUAGAGGUAACCUCAGCAGUCAGUUAUAUUGUCUCAACAGCUGGAAAUAUAAAGGAUUUGCAAACUUCUUUGUUUCUGUCUUUGCAUUGUAUGCCGUUUUAUAGUCCAGGCCCUGAAAAUGUAUUUCUUGCAGACAGUAAGGGGAAAGGACCUAGAUUUGUGGAAACGAAGGAAUAGUGUCACUCGGCUGUAUCCACUUGAACCAGUUCUGCAGCGAAACCUUCAUAACAUUCUUUUUGCAUGUUCUGUAAAUAGGCUCUAGGGGCUUUUUUUUAUAAUUUAUUUUCUUUUUUCCUUUCUUUUCUUUUUUUUUUUUUUUUGUUACCAGUCUGUACAACUAAAUCUCUUAAAGGGAGAGGUAGCUCAUAGAAAAUGGAUUUAGUAAAGUAUCUAAAGAAAAAUUGUUGAAACAGUUUGGUUAGUAGACAUUUUUGUACCUACAUGGCAGCAUUAACACAUUUGACAUCAAGGUUUGGUGCCAGAUUUAAGAACAGUCACGCCACCAUACUUCAUGAUCAUUUGUACAGGUUAAGAUUGUAGAACUUCUAACAGUACAGCAGCUUAGCUAUGUGCAAUGUGUGUUCUUAUUUUCAUUUUAGUUUUCAGAUGGUUUUCUAUAAAAUAUGUUUUUACUGAGUCCAUGUUUGAACAUUUUAAGAAAUUACAGAAUAAGGUACAAAUGUAGUGUAUUUAAUAAACUGUCAACCAAA